CUAUAUUUCGUCUCCUAACAUUAAACCCCUUUGUCCAAAAAAAAAGAAAAAAAAAAAACAUUAAACCCUAUAUCGGAAAGGAAAAGACGAUCACUUGCCUCGAAUUCUUCCUAAUGUUUCAUCCAGAAGAUGAAAUCAUCACCGAGAAAACCAGCUACAUCGAUGAGGAUGGUAAUGUGGCACCAAUGACGGAAGAGAAGGCACUGUAUUUCAGAACCUAUGAAGCUGAAAAGGUUCCAGCAGGUGAAGAACUGGAAAAAUGUGUACUCCCGGAGGAUGACCUUAUUUUACUAGCUAUUGUAGGCAUAAAGGAUCCCUGUAGACCAGGAGUCAAAGAUUCAGUUCAGUUGUGUCAAAAUGCUGGUGUCAAGGUCCGUAUGGUUACUGGUGACAACGUCCAAACUACUAGGGCUAUUGCUUUGGAGUGUGGAAUAUUAACUUCAGAUGCGGAUGCCUCCGAACCCACUCUCAUUGAAGGAAAAUCAUUCCGCGCAAUGACCGAUGCAGAAAGGGACAAGAUUAGUGACAAAAUAUCGGUUAUGGGCCGAUUAUCGCCCAAUGACAAGCUUCUGCUGGUACAAUCUCUGAGAAGACAAGGGCAUGUUGUUGCUGUUACCGGAGAUGGGACAAAUGAUGCUCCUGCAUUGCACGAGGCAGAUAUUGGUCUUGCUAUGGGAAUAGCUGGUACAGAAGUGGCUAAGGAGAGUUCGGACAUCAUCAUCUUGGAUGACAACUUCGCCUCAGUUGUCAAGACCACGUCAGUUGUUCUUCAAAAACUUGUGUCCAUUGUGGACGAGGAUGAAAAACCAGGAAAUGCAGAAGAUCCCGGAAAUGAGACAGUUGCAGAUGCAUCUAAACAACUGGGAUGCAUAUUAUUCUAUGCGUUUACUGGGCAUCAUCCGUAUGGAGAUGAGAAGGUCCGUGGAAACAAUAUUCGACAAAGCUCGAGAGUGAAAGUGAUUACCUCUCUCUUAAAGAAUUGUGAAGCUGCAUGUCUCAUCGCCAAUCUGCUGGAGCGGAAUCAAGGUAGUUGCAGUAUUACUGCUUCCGACGCGGUUCAACAUCCCCUUUUCUGGGAUUCUGACAGGAGACGCAACUUCUUGAGAGACUCCAUUGAGUACAUAAUGAAUCUGGAUGCUUCUGCUCAAGUCAUAAAGGACCUGCAUGCAAGAGUAGGGUGGAAUUAUGCUCUGGUUGGAAUAAACUCCUGGAUGCGGAUCUUGUCAGUCACAUGGUGGCCAUGGGCGGCUAUCGUGAGUGAUGGUGUUGAGCAAUACUUUGCUCUGAAGCUUGAGAGGCUCUUGAUGGAUGUCUACACGGCAAUCUCUAAGAACUGCAAGGGAAACGCUACAUUCAGAGCCUACUUCUUACCUUGAACAUUCAUUUACUUUUUUUUGUUAGUAGGAUAAUAUUGUAAGGCAGGCGCCAAAAUAACUAAUGGUUUCUAUCAAAAUUUUGGUUGAUUUUCAUUCCAGUUUUAAAUCUUCUUAACCCAAUGUUUAAAUAUGUUGAGUUAAGCGACACAGCUUUGGUGUUUGCCAUUACAAAUGUUGCUUAUUUCUCCGUGUGUUCUUUAAAAGAAUUAUAUUUUGUUAAAUCCAGAGGGAUAUCGAUCAGUAUACUCAGCUUGUGCAAUAAAUGUCCAUCGAUGUU